AUGGCUGAAUCCAAUUCAAUUAUCUACGGGAAUACUUCCAACCCCAGUAACAGUGACAAUGAGGUAUCAUUACAGUCAAUACACACAUUGCUUAUUCAAAUGAACUCUAGACUCAGUGAAAUCGAGAGCAAGAUGUCCCAAUUAAAUGUUAUCCAAAGUGAUGUGGCCAAAAUCAAGACAAAAGUAACUGAUCUAGACUCUGAAAUAAAGAUCAUUCGAAGUGAAUUCAAAGAUCUUGAGUCAAAUGUAAGUUCUUUGGGGCAAGUAUUUGACUCUGUGAAGGACACAGCGGAAGCGGCUAAGAAACAAGCUGAUAGUAAUAAAAAUGAGAUUAAGAGAGUGGGUUGUGAACAAAUAGCGGCACAAAGACAGACUGAACGAGACCUGCAAUUAAUAAAUAAAGAAAAUGCGGAAAUUAGAGACUCCAUUGUCGACUUAAAAGCAAGAUCGAUGAGAGACAAUCUAGUGUUUUCAGGUAUUCCUGAACAGAAGGGAGAGGACACAGAGGGGGUUCUACAACUUUUCCUCCGGAAGAAAUUCAAGCUUGACUACGAGCUUUCAUUUGAACGGGUCCACAGGAUGGGAAAGUUCACCGAAUUUAGUGAUAGACCCAGAAAUAUUGUCGCAAAAUUCACAUACUUCAAGGACCGGGAAUACAUUAGAACCAAAGCGCCACACAGACUCCAUGGGUGUAACAUUUGGGUUAACGAACAGUUCCCGGCAGAAAUUGAGGAGAGGAGGAAAAAACUCUACCCCGUAAUGAGACAGGCGAGACUAGACAAAUGUAAAACCAAGCUAGUUCGGGAUGUGCUAUAUAUCAACGGGAAGGUGUAUACACCCCCACCCCCACUGAUAACGGAGAUGUCGGAUGAAGCAGCAUCCUCCAGUUCCUCCGGGAAGUUUUCACACGGAAAUCGGUGGAGCCAAAAUCACCAAACACCCAGGGGCGAGCGACCAUCCCAGAAGAGACCGCGCACUGGAUCUACUCCGAACCGUAACGACGCCUAG